ACUGAAAGAUUUUGCGCGAGCCUACGUCACACGUGUGACGUCAUACGCCGAAGGGCGGAGCUUGGCACACGAGAGACCCCAACUGCGCAUGCGUGGUGCAAAAUUUUGCAAUAGGAUGCGCUGCCCGAACAGGGCUCCGGGUGCUAUUGCAAGAUAAACGCAAGGAUAAACGUAAAUUUGGUCUUUUAUUGUGAUGUAAUGAUCAAAAUUUGAAGGUAGCUUUGUAUCAUCGCAAGGAAUUGAAGCUGUUCUUGCUUUUGCAGUGAGGUUUCAGUUGGCUUAUGGAAAACGUCCAGUUACGGCUGAUAAACUUCAGGUCAACUUUCAUCAUUUUCCAUUUUAUAUUUGGCUACAGCAUCAAUUAGAUUAUUGUUCUACAAGGUACUUGAAACUGCCCGAAAAGUCGCUGUAAGGUCCUGAGUAUCAAAAUAAAAGGAGCGAAAGCACAUUGCUGCUUGCCACGGACGUUCAAGUUGAGCUGCGUAUUUGAGUUUUCGUGAAAGCUCUCUGCCGCCAAGAUGUCGGUGCUCUCCCCGGUAAUUGACUGGUGGACCCCGGACGCCUCCUAUGUCACCGCCCUGCUGGUCACGGCCGGCGCCGGGCCGGUGUUCCGCGGACUCGGCUCCGAGACGGCCCGCCGCUGGUUCGGUCUCUCCAUGGGCCUCCUGCUGCUGGCCUGCACCUGCGGGAAGGGAGCCGUCCACCCGCUGGCGGCGGCGGUCGGCAAUGUGGCCAUACUGAAACUGGUCAGCGCCAGACACGUCCACGCAGUGAGCUUCGCGUUCUGUUUCGCCUACCUGGCGCUGGUGCGGCUGCUGGAUGCCUUCGUCCACGACGUGUCUCCGCUCAUCAACGUCAUACAGAUGCUGCUCAGCCUCAAGUUGGUCGGCCUGGCGUUCGAGGUCCACAACAGCUGGAGGCUCCGUCAGAAGACUGCCACCCCUACCACCCCCUCCCCCACGGAGCCCAGCGGCGGUGAGGGGGACGCUCGGGACACCUCGGCUCGGGACAGGGCCGAGCUGGCCGUCACUGAGGUGACGGUGCCGACAGCCGCCGAGCAGCUCCAGUACGCCUUCUUCUAUGUCGGCAUGCUGACUGGUCCGUACUACACGUACGUCACGUUCCGUCACUGCAUGGAGGGCACGUUUUGGCCGUGGGCCGACUGCGGCUGGGCGCCCGUGCUCCGCCGGGCCCGAUUCCUGCCACUCUACAUAGUACUGUUCCUGUUCCUGGGCUGGAUGUGGCCCAUCGCGGACGCGUCUCGCGCCUCGUCCUGGCUGUACGGCGUGUGGUUCAUCUACCCGGUGUUCACCCACUUCCGGAUGCGGAUGUACUUUGGGUUCAUCCUGUCGGAGGUGGCGUGCAUUACCCACGGCCUGGGCGCCUACCCGGCCGGCAGCCUGCCGCGGCCCGGCAAAGGACCCACCGACUACGGCAGACUGGUACAGAUCAUGGAUGACAAGAAAGAGCUGGCUACCGCCGAGUACGACUUCGAGACUGUACACAACAUCCGCGAGGGGCGCGUCGAGCUGGACGUGACGAUGACGUCGGUGCUCAAACAAUGGAACACGACGGUACAGUACUGGCUGUACUACACCGUCUACCGGAGCACGCCGGGCACCAAGGUGUUCAGGGCGUCGGUGACGAUGCUGGUGUCGGCGUUCUGGCACGGUAUCCACUCGGGCUACUACCUCUCCCUCCUGACCUGCCCACUCUAUAUGGUGGUGGAGGACCUCUGGGAGCGGCGACUCAGGAGGAGACUGCCAGAGUCGCGUCUGUGGCUGUACGACUGCGUCACCUGGUUCCUUCGGGUCAGCAUGUUCAGCUACCUCUGCAUGGGCUUCCUACUGCUGCGUGCCGACACCACGCUGGCCUACUGGCGCUCCGUGUACUUUGUCGGACACACGGCGGCGGCAGCGCUGUACGCGCUGGGCCUGGUGGUGCUGCCGCGGCCGCCCCGGCCGCCCAAACCCGAGUGAGACGCGGGAGGGAUGGAGAGAGAGAAUAUGUUUGGAGAAUAUCGGAAAAGUGAUGGUAAUGAGACACGGAAUAUGAGGGGAUGGGGGCUGCAAAAGGGGAACAUUUGAUUGCAGUGAGUAAUGGAAGAACAAGGAAAGGGAACAUCUCAGAAGAGAUGGGGUAGGAGGCGUGCAUGCACGGGAAAGGAGUGGUGAAGAGGUAGAAAUGGAGAGUUGAUGUAGAAUGGAGGGGGAGGUGGGAAACUACGUACUGCCAAUCAUCAGGUCAAGGACUGGUGUCGGGAAUGAACUGGGUGGAAAUAUGAAGUGGAAUGGCCAAGAUAGGUCGAUCACAUUGACUCGAGAUGACUGACUAAAGCAGUUGAAGGAAACCGCGGACGGAAAGUUGAUUGAACUAACCAAGCUGAGAAACACAAACGGUUGCUAACAGCUAGGUGCUGACUUCUGUAGCUAUGGGGUAUGAUGUAAGGCCUCGACCGGUGCAUAUGCAGUUACAAGUUAUCCCAACACUGUCUAGUUUGCCGGCACUGGUUGUUGUUUAGCCAACCACUAACCGUAGCCUGACUAUAAUAGUUCACAGGGAUGUUGCGUUUACAUUAACCUUCCUCGGGUGGCUCUGUAACUGACAAGCUGUUCACAGGCCGUCGUAUACGCUGACCGUCUCGGAUGGCUCUUAAACAGCUAUAGUUCACAGGAUUGCUGCGUAUACGUUAACCCUCUCGGGUGGCUCUCCGUAACUGCCUAGGUGAUACUCUGGACCACACUCGGGCUUUCCGAGCCGACUUCUGACCACAGAACUCGUAACUUCCGAGCGAACCGUCUCGCGACCGCCGCGUCUGUCGCUUUCUGCGGUGGCGAGGUUUUGUCGCCUGUCUUGUGGCGCUUUGUCGCCUGUCUUGUGGCGCUGCUUGGCGCAAAGUUUCAGCCAGUUGCCGCUAGGGGAGCCAUCGUCGCCGAGGCGAGCGUUUGUGUGUGGUCCCAGGCACACGAGACCGGACUAUGGAUGUUCGCAGUAAGAAUAGAGACCCACCAGGGGAAUUGGUUAGUGGUUUAGAUGGACCCGUGUUAACCUAUGGCAUAAUGCGGCGAAACUAACCGUUGCUGGGUGUUCGCUAAUAUUCAGAGUUUGCAGUUAGCACUGUGCUGGCUACCAGUGUUGGAUACGUCCAGUGCUAACAGCCGAUAUGACCUGUAUCAGGAUUAGAUCAGUCUGCCUGGGGACAGUGGUAGACUACAGACUAACCUCUCGCUGAAAAGCGCGGGGCGAUUCACUAAGCCAGUAGAGGGGCGGUCUCACGUAUUCAAUGUAAGAUCGUACACUUCCCGGGCGCGUACAUGGGGUGCGGGUGCGGCGUUCCGUCCGAUUUUCACGCGCCGCGCGCACCCAGCUCCUGUUCAGGUUAGCCGCGUGCGCCCUCUUUUCGGUGUUGGUGUUCGUGUUGUCUGUAUUUGUGAAUACCGUAGGUGGUUAACUGGGGGAGCUGGCUGGGCAUUAGGGAAGAUAGUGGGUGUAAGGACGGACUGGGGGUAGUAGGCGGCGUGGUGGUGACGGUAAUUGGACAGGGUAUGACAGGGACCCACGACUUCACUAAAGUCGCGAUGACGACAGCUCGGGAGGAGUUGACAUUGGGUCGAGAUGGUCUCAUGAAGAGCGGAGAGUGUGACAAGGGUCUCGUAAUGGGCUGAUUUUGGGACAAUGGUCUCCAAAGGGCCCGAAAUAGGGAAGAGGGUCUUCUAGGUAGAGAGCUGAGAUAGGCAAGAAGGUCUCCUAUAGAGGGCUGGAUGAUGGCUGUUGUUGGCUGUACUUCUCACAAUCCAUUACAAUAGACAUCAGACUUUUUGUGUCAGUCGAGUCGGUUUUCUGGGUGAUAUUCCAGGUGGACGAGGUUUUUACUUUCAUUGCUGGCAUUACAGAUAAUCCCAAUAUUAUUGUUAUAUGCCCUAAUUGCUUUCAUACCUGAAAACAAAGGUAGUUUAAUGACAAAAUUGUCGCCGUUUGGGGAUAUAGUAGAAAUGAAGCACAGGGACUGAUCAUUAUUUUGGGUUGUGAGACACUUGCCCCGGGGGAUGGUCGUCCCAUUUCAUGGUAGCUCACCUGAAUCAUAAUCUUGCCAAUGCAAUAUGCAAAGCCUUUACACCGUCUGAAUGUAUAGUCCCGGUCCUGGGAGGUCGCUGCUGUGUAGCCCCGGGGCAAUGACCUGACCUGGGGUUCGGGGCGGACGGGCGGGCCGCGCACUGGGGUGGCUCCAUAGUCGGUCAGUGGUCGUUCUGUUACGUGUCUGUGCCAAGUUAACUUAACUCCGUAGAUUGGGAGGGCGAGGAUCGGCUGCGAUCGCACUGCUCUUCGUUACCAUAGCAACGCUACCGUGUGCUACCAGUGUUGUUGCUAUAGCAACUGCGCCAGCGAGUCAGGGCGUGCACGUAAAUUCUCUGAAGUUAUGUGGUGAGCGGUGGGGACGGUCUACUGGCAUGCUAACCCCUCAUCAGCAUUGGUCGUCACGUAAGCCGUGCCAGGGUGCUCUGUGCGGUCCUGCCGGUUAUUUUGUGAGACUGCUGCUGGGUGUUGCCGGGCAGAGGUAGGGCCUGCUCGUGACAGGGAAGGACCGGCAAAGGGAACGUCGUGACGCUGCGUUAUUCGGUGUGCAAUAUAUGUUCGUUUGCA